CAACUCGAUUAGUUAAUUUAGGGGAUAAGUUUGGAAAAUGCUUAAAUUGUAGUUUUUAUUUGUGUGCAAAUAUGCAUUAUUAUAUGUAGUACUAGUUAAUAAUUGAAACUCGUUUUUAUUGCGCGUAUAUCAAUAAUCGAGACACUAUAAUUGUCUUUUAAGUGGCGAUUUGUUCAAUCGUACCCAAAACAAUAACAAAGCCUUUUGGUGACUAAGACGCGAGAGCUGAAGUCCAAAGACAUUUGCACAGAUACAGGUAAAAGAACACUUCUUCGAAAUGAGCGUAACGGACUCAGUUGUCAGCACGGCAAGGACGAGCAAUAUGCAAGCAGGUGGCACUCGCUUUAUGCCGCCUGAGGAGCUGGCCAUGCAAUCGCUUACCAAACAGUUUUUGAAAGCACGAUUGUUUCGAGGGAUUUACCUUGAGCGUUGCUUUGUGGAGCAGGUUGGUGGCUAUCGUGAUGUUGUUUCUCUGCAGUGCAGUGAACGUGACCUAGAGAAACAGUUGCUGAGCAGUGCAGCCCAGUUACAAGUGUUCUACCAAAGUUUCGUGCCCAACAUGUGGGUGGGCAUCACGAAGGGUAGUAUAGGUAACUACAAGCACACACCACAUCCUGCACAGCUGGAUACCUGUGUUUGGACGGAGCUCAAUGAUAUGGCAUUUGGAGAAUACUGGUUCAGCAUAAAGACUCUACGCUUUCGUGCUCAGGAAGUGCAACUAAAACUCAAAAUGGUCCGUGCAGUUGAGCCAGAAACAUUGCCAACCCCAAGACGUUCCAUAUCAAUGAAAAAGUGUAGCCCCAGCAGAGUAUCCGCCAUAACCGCUGGCGAUAGCGCUGAACCGACAGUUGCAAAUGCUGCAGACAUUGUCACCGAGAAUCAAAUGCCGACAAUUGGCGUUGCAGAUUUUGUAACUGUCUUACAGCAAUGGCGACAAUCAGUUAUCACGACAAUAUACGAAUUUAUGGCCAACGAUGUGAACAAGCGCAAUAUAAUGGGCACCAUUCGCUUUCUGGGUCUGCUCAUCUUUUCCAUCAUUAGCGGUGCUGCUGUUGCACUCCGUUUCAUGGGCAUAUUCGCGGUACGCUUUCUCUUUGAGAUUAGCCGCUUUACACACACCGCGACCCCAAUCGUUUUUAAGCUGAUUGAGUUCGUCAAUAAGAUAGUUGGCGCAUUUUUCAUUUUACUCACGAUGAUAUGGAAGGAUUUAGUGGUAAAUCGUGGCGGAUCUGUUCCCAGACCCGCGCUGGAAGCCAGCAAUCGUUUCAAGAGUCUCACAUACGAACAUACCGAGUCGCAUCGACGCAGUUCGCGCUACGGAUCACAAAAUUAUCAGUAGUCCAGCUAUAUUUACAACUAGGUACGUUGUCAAAAUUGUUUAGUAAUACUACAUCAGCAUUUAGUCACUAGUGUAGGUUACGGGGCAACGAUUUCCUUUUCAAAUUGUGUUACUAGCCUUAAACAAAAAAAUGUCCUUCAGUCCCUUGGAUUUCGCUAGUGUUUGCACCGCAAACCUUUGGCAAAUUUCAAUAUUUCGCGAAAUGUGGAGCUAUUUAAAUAUUUUUGUACUUUGAACAAUCGCGCACUUAUUAAUUCCAUGUGUUAAGUGUACGUGUAUUGUUUAGAUAAUCAUUUUUAAAAUUUGUAGAGUAAUGUCUAGUGAAUUAUAUAAAAUUGUUGGCAAUAAAAAUGUUAAAAAAAAUAA